AUGCCCCCCAAGACUGGAAAGAAGGUGGCCCCGGCCCCUUUCCCUCAGGGAAAGGCUGGCUCGAAGAAGGCUCCCAAGAACCCUCUCAUCGAGAAGCGCCCCCGCAACUACGGCAUCGGCCAGGACAUCCAGCCCAAGCGAAACCUCUCCCGCAUGGUUAAGUGGCCCGAGUAUGUCCGUCUUCAGCGCCAGAAGAAGAUCCUCCAGAUGCGCCUGAAGGUUCCCCCUGCACUGUCCCAGUUCCAGCACGUCCUCGACCGCAACACUGCUGCGCAGGCCUUCAAGCUCCUCAACAAGUACCGCCCUGAGACCAAGGUCGAGAAGAAGGAGCGUCUCCUGAAGGAGGCUACCGCCGUCAAGGAGGGCAAGAAGAAGGAGGACGUUAGCAAGAAGCCUUACACCGUCAAGUACGGCUUGAACCACGUCGUCGGUCUCAUUGAGAACAAGAAGGCCUCCCUGGUCCUCAUCCCCAACGAUGUUGACCCCAUUGAGUUGGUUGUCUUCCUGCCUUCUCUCUGCAAGAAGAUGGGCGUCCCCUAUGCCAUUGUCAAGGGCAAGGCCCGUCUAGGCACCGUCGUCCACAAGAAGACCGCUGCCGUUCUGGCCCUCACCGAGGUCCGAGCAGAGGACAAGACUGAGCUUUCCAAGCUCGUCUCUUCCAUCAAGGAUGGCUUCAUGGAGAAGCACGAGCAGGCUCGCCGACAGUGGGGUGGUGGCAUCAUGGGCGCCAAGGCCCAGAUGCGCAUUACCAAGAAGCAGAAGGCUGCGGAGGCUGCCACCAAGAUUUAA